GAUUCAUAGAUAAAAUAAGAAAAAUACAAAAAUUAUUUUAGUUUAUAGUACUCGUAGACUAAUAAUUUCAACACACAGUAAGCAACAGAAAAAAAAAAACUCAACUAAUCGUCUUUCUCGAUUUCUCCCCCUUUCUCCGAUCACGGUUUACUCCAGCUAGAGAUACCUUACAAUGGAUCGGGGGAAGUUCACUCUGAUGGGAUCGACUGUGUGUGUCAUGCUCAGUUUACAUUUCUCAAUACAGCUAGUGUCCCAACAUUAUCUAGCAUGGAAGAAGCCCAAGGAACAAAAGGCAAUUAUCAUAAUCGUCCUCAUGGCUCCCUUAUAUGCUAUUGACUCUUAUGUUGGUCUGUUGGACAUCAAAGGAAGUGAAACAUUUUUCACUUUCUUGGAUUCUGUGAAAGAAUGUUAUGAGGCUCUGGUGAUGGCAAAGUUUUUAAGUUUAAUGUACACCUACUUGAACAUAUCCAUCAGCAAAAACAUAGUACCAGAUGAAAUUAAAGGAAGAGAAAUUCAUCACUCGUUCCCGAUGACUCUUUUUCAGCCCCAUACUGUGCGUUUGGACCACAAAAAUCUCAAACUUCUCAAGGACUGGACAUUGCAAUUUGUUGUGAUCCGCCCUGUCUGCUCUGUCUUGAUGAUAACGUUUCAACUUCUUGAUAUGUACCCUAGCUGGUUGAGCUGGACAUUCACCAUCAUCUUGAAUGUUUCUGUUUCACUGGCCCUGUACUCUCUUGUUGUGUUUUACCAUGUUUUCGCGAAGGAAUUGGCACCUCACAAACCCCUCGCGAAAUUCUUAUGCGUCAAAGGAAUCGUCUUCUUCUGCUUCUGGCAGGGAAUCAUGCUUGAUAUUCUUGUAGCGAUUGGCAUAAUAAAAUCGAACCACUUCUGGCUGGAUGUUGAGCAUCUUCAGGAAGCUCUUCAGAACGUCUUGGUGAUUGUGGAGAUGGUCUUUUUCUCCCUUCUCAUGCAAUACGCAUAUAGCGCUGAACCGUACCGCACCGGGUUGAGUUCGGUCAAGACUGAAGAGAAGAAGAAAGAAUGAUGAGAGAAGCUUUGUACGGCAGGGCCAUGGAGUAAUAAUUUGUACUCGUAUUUACCACUAAGGUUAGUACAUCGAUUACUAUACGGUUGCUAGUAUGAACUCUGUUAUGUAAUGAUGAUCGUACCUUGUCUCAAUGGCCAUUUUUGCAAUUUUGUUGGAAA